AUGUUGAAUAUGAAUGAUCAGGUUGGAAGGUGUUCGGGCAAAACACUCCACAAAAAGAAGGAGUUCGGUGAACCCUUAAAGAUAAUUCAUGGACGGGUGAAGGAAGGAAGAGUCCGAAAGCGUGGCUUCGAACAGCUGUACUCACAGAUUCAAUUACCGCUGAACUUGAAUAACACUCGGAGCCCGAUGGCUACCACAAUAACUUGUCAAGGAUUUUUUAAUCCUCAAUGGAAAUAUCGAAGAGAUGGUUUGAUGUCGUGCCCGCGGUUCCGUACUUCCCUUCCCAUCUCCACUGGUCCCGAUACUCCCCAUGUUUGUUCUAUCGACCUGCUAGGGCCCCGUGCCAUUAGCUCGUUUCCAGGAAAAAAUCGGUCAGCUUGCUGUGUGGUCGACCCUGGAGUACCUCGCAUGUAUAAAGCGGGCGUGUGGGGCCCUCAACCUGACAUCCACUCCCCACCGACAGUCAGGGAAACCCUUUCUUGA